UGCUCAGUCUUCUCAGUCCUCGUGCGUGAGUUGGGUGCAGGUUCAUUCGUUAAGUAAAAUAUUAUACAUUAGUUUAUUUUUUCGUGUGAAACAGUGCGCAGGCACGUUUGUGUCAUUAUGUUUGGCGGGCUUAUUCGAUGUUAGUGCAUUUCAUGUCGUUAGCCUUAAUACAUUAAUAUAUUAUCGUAAACGUUGUUAUUAUUAAAGGUACGCAUAUAACGAUUGAUCAUUGACAUGUAACAGUAUACACUACGGUCGAAAAUAUGAAAGCUGACAUUGGAAUAUAUUUUAUUAUCACAAUAUACAUUUUGUUCGAGACGUGGACAGCUGCUAUUGACAUUCCGUAUGAAGAUCUUAACAAUCCAUAUAAGUUAUGUCUACCGCAGUCCAGUUGCGCGGGAGUAGACCAGAAAGUGGCCGCGUCCGAGGCGGAGAACGGCAGCGACGGCCUAGGCGGACUGCGGCGAAACUGCCUGUGCGACGACCAAUGCGGCGAGUACGGCGACUGUUGUACCGACUCGGCGCACUUCGACCCGGUGGAACAGCAGAGCGCCGCCGCCCGGUACAGUUGCUUGCUCACCGACGUGUUGAGCGGCGCGUACGUGGUGGACAGGUGUCCGGUCGCGUGGACGAACGCGCGGGUGCGGGACGCGUGCCAGGCGCCCGACACGGAUCGGGACGGCAUGCUCGGCAAUCCGGUGACCAGCCGGACGACGGGACGCGCGUACCGUAAUCGGUUUUGCGCGGCGUGCAACAAUGACGCGGCCGACCCGAUGCUCUGGGACACGCGCAUCGUUUGUGACGCGCUCGUCGGCGUGGCCGCGGGCGCCGAACAAACGGUGCUCGACACGCUCGAGUACAACGCGACCGACGGCCGGUGGGUGGUCAAGUACGACGGAAACGCGUACGGAUGCAACCUGAUAGUAGUGCCGCCGGCCCGGACCCGCACCCGUCCGUGUCUACCGAACGCCGUGGUCACGUGUCACCCACGGUGGCCGAACGACGAGAUCCGGUCCAACUGCGAGGCGUACACCACGGUGGUGUACAACGGCGAACAGCCGUACAAGAACAUACACUGCGCCAUAUGCAACCACGUGCUGGUCCAGAACGUUUCGUGUCAGGUGUCCGACGUUCACCUGAGGUUUCCCGACCAGUUCGCCGUGCGCAGUUUCACCGCGCUGUUCGUCGCGCAACCCGGCCACCGCGAGUGCCGCGGUCCCGACAAGUUCUACGACCCGUUCGGCAAGACGUGCCGGUCGCUCCGGACGUCGGUGGCCGACGGCGGCGACGGCGUGCCGCUCAACUGUUCCGUGGUGGCCAUGUACCCGGCGCCGCCCCCGGACUGGCGACCGGCCGACGCCAACGUCGAGUACGUGACGCUGGACAACGGCACGAUGGCCGUGUGCAUGGACGCCUCCACCGCCGAACGGACCGCCGGCGGCGUGACGCUCAAGUACGUGGUGCUCACUUACGUGGGCCUCGGCGUGUCCGCGGUCCUGCUGAUCGUGCACCUGGCCGUGUUCGCCGUCUUGCCCGAGAUGAAGAACCUGUCCGGCAAGAACCUCGCGUCCUUUUGCGUGUCGCUCGUGUGCUCGUACGCGUCCUUCGUCGCCGGCAAUUGGCUUACCGGUCCCGCGUGCUACGCCGGCGCCGCCGUCACCUAUUACGCGUUCCUCACGUCGUUCGCGUGGAUGUUGGUGAUGAGCUUCGACUGCUGGCGCACGCUGCGCCUGGCCACCGUCGAGCUGCGCGUCACCAGCGGCCGGCAGACGAAAAAGUUCCUCGUCUACUCGGCCGUCUGCUGGCUGGUGCCGGCCAUGAUGACGUUCGUGGCGGUGGCCGCGGACGCCGUGCCCGCCGUGCCCGACGAGGCCCGUCCCCGGUUCGGCGCCGACCAGUGCUGGUUCGGCAGCAAGACGGCGCUGCUUAUGUUCUUCGCCGGCCCGCUGACGGUCGUCAUGCUCGUCAAUUUCGUGCUGUUCGGCUGGACCGCGUACAUGAUCCACUCGAGCCGGGCCACCGUCCGGCACGUCAACACGCGGCACGUGCGCCGCGACUUCCGCAUGUACUGCCGGCUGGCCGUGCUCAUGGGCCUCACGUGGACCACCGGCAUAGUGGCCAGCUACACGGACGCCGCGUACAUGUGGAUGCUGUUCGUGGCCCUCAACACGUUCCAGGGCCUGUUCGUGUUCGUCGCGUUCACGUGCCGGCGCCGCAUACUGGACUCGAUUGUCCGCGGCGUCGGCGCCGGCAACCUCGGUCUCGGCCAACCGGCCAAUGAGAAGUCCAAGGACGGCCAAAGGAACUACCGCGGCCCGGCUCCGAUGUCGUUUUCCUGGCCGUCCAGCGACAACGACGUGCCACUCAGCAGUUCGGAGAAAACGACCGACACGCUCUACUGAUCCGGCAUUUGUCUCGCGCGUUCGAUUUUAUUGCACCGGACACGAAUCAAAACACAAUUCGAAGACUGAACGAUGAUUGACCGUCGGCAGAUGAUGAUGAUGACUACAAAAAUAUUUCAUGUUUGCACAGACACUCCGAUCGCCGACGGCAGGACGCGCUAAUCCUCUCGAGAUCUUUAUUUUUUUUUUACAUUUUUUCGAUUUUUGAACUUUUCCUAUGUCAUUUAAGUUUACCUGAGCACGUGUCUUUGACGAUUCUAUGUAUACGACUCUACUAUAUUAUGUAUUCUUUUGUACGCGCAUAUUAUUGUAUUUAUGUUCGUUUUUAUAUUUAUAGGUUUAC